AUGUUAUUGUCUGUCAUCUAUAUCUUGUUUAUAUUUGGACAAUUUUGUAUUAGUGAAAAAUUAAGUCAUUUUGGUAAAACUCAAUCUAAUGAUAUUAAAUAUUGUACAAAACCAAUAAAAAAGGGUGCUGAGUCAUCAUGUUUUGAUAAAAAGCUUGAAUAUCCAAUUUCUUCUGAAGAUUGUGAUCUUUUAGAAAAAAAUAGUCUAAAAUUUAAUACUCAAUCCUGUCCAUCAGAUCCAUCUCUUACAUGUCUUAGUGUUGAUCAUCAAUCAUUAAUUGGUGCAGGAACAUACGGAUUAGUUGUACGAGGUCGUUCAAAAACAGUUCAUUUUCCUCUUGCAAUAAAAUUUAUGAAAUUACCAACUAAACUCGGUACUGUUUCAUUCAAUACAGUAGGCCGUUAUAAUCGUAUUGAUCUUCAAUCACUUAUUGAAAAUAAAGGAAAUGAAAAAGGUUUACGUGAAGCUGUUGCACUUCGUCUUAUAACUGAAUAUGAAAUUCCAUCCAUACCAAAAUAUGUUGCAUAUAUAGAAACAUCUUCAUAUAAAAUUCUUGCUAUGGAAUUACUUGAAGAUUAUGAAGAAUUAUCGAAAAUAAUCGAUAAAUUAUCAUCAAAAGAUUUAAUUUAUAUAUCAUGUCAAACAGCAGCUAUUGUUUGUAAUUUAGAUCGAAUUGGUAUAUCACAUGAUGAUAUGCAUGAAAGAAAUAUAUUAAUUAAUCGUAAAAAUAAUAAUAAAGUUAAUCUAAUUGAUUUUGGUGGUGCAAAUUUUAUUGAAAAACAACAAAAACAUUUUACUAGUACAAAUAAUUUUUUAAAACAACCAAUUAAUUUAUUAGGUCAUUUAAAACGUAUUAUUAAAGAAGAUUUAGGUGAUUAUAUACAAUCACAAGAAAAAAAACAACAUGGAUAUUUUUGUUCAAUGAUGGAAAAAAUUAUAACAAGUAAAAAUGAUGAAGAAAAAGAAGCAAUACCUUAUUACUAUAGAAUAUUAUUUGAAAAAUAUUGGAAAUUUAGUCAAACAAAUAAAAAAAUUUUUAAAUGUGCAUUAACAAAAUAA